UUACCUCUAGCUAUUGGCCUGUACAUUCGUGAUUCAAGCUCUACUCUACAUUGGCCCUGUAUAUGAUAUAUUCUGCUUAUUGAGUGAAACUGGAAUCUCCCGAAAUGAUUGAUAUUUCGCAAGGAGGCGUGCUGCGUGCUGCGGAACAUCGAUUGAAGUCUGGGAAGGACAUGGGUGUCCACAAAAGGGCAGUUUGGAGGCGUCGGCACUCGUUCCGAAGGAUUGUAGCGUACGUCUUCCUAGCUGCAGGGGUGAUCUAUGUGGUGCUACACCUGAAGGUCGCGAGCAUUCUCCACUAUCGGGCCUUACUCGAUACUGAUCCAAAAAACCCUGCAAAGCCCGCGUGUGUCCAAGCUCAGCUUAAAAUGUAUCCGAAUCAGAAGUAUAGAGACUUUUUUGGCGACACGAGGAAAGUCCCGUGUCCCGGGAAGGACUGGGUCAAAACAGAAGCAGGCAAGUUUAAAAUUUUGGAUUUCGCUAAAAAACAGUUUGGGGACAUAACAUGUGACUUUCUGCCGUUAUUGCGCGGCGGUGAUGAUUUUCACUUCCAUAAUGGAGAGUUGAUUCGCAAUAUUCAAGAUGGUGCAAAUGUUACGUCUGAUGUUGCCAGAAUUUCGUGUUCUGCCGGUGCAGCACGAUAUGAUAAUGUUCACGUGACAGUCCCGUAUGUUGAAAGUCUUCAUCGACGAAAUAGCGCAGUGAAACUUCCAAAAGAGGCCCUCGGCUUGAGUGUUUUAAUUUUCGGUUUAGACUCGGUUUCUCGGAUGACGUGGCAGCGAAAACUUCCAAAAUCAUACGCCUACAUGAUGGAUGUUUUGAAAGUCAUCGUAUUGGAGGGAUAUAAUGUUGCAGGGGACGGCACGCCGGCGGCUGUGCAGCCGUGGUUCACUGGGAAGCAGGAAUGGGAGCUACCAGAGGCCCGAAGAGGGCACAAAGGCGCGCAAACUCUCAAUGGCCACCCAUGGAUCUGGGAUGAUUUCAAGAAAGCCGGGUAUGUCACGCAUUACACUGAAGACUUAGCGGAAUACGGGACGUUCACCUUGAGGAUGUUAGGGUUUAAAGAGCAACCAACGGAUCAUUAUCUGAGACAUUUCUACCAGGUUUUAGAGAAAGAGAGAAUUCGACGAUGUCUAGGGUCGGAGUUCAAACACAAAGUGCUGAUGAACUAUUUGAAAGAUUUCGAAAGUAUGUAUAAAAACAGAAGGAGCUUUUCUUUCGGAUUUCAUAAUGAAUUGAGCCACGAUAGCAACAAACCUCUGAACAUAGUUGAUGAUGAGCUGAAAGAAUGGCUGGAAGCAUUGUAUAAUGGCGGCUCGUUGAACAAUACGAUGUUUCUUUUGUUGAGUGACCAUGGCGCCCGCUAUCAGUAUCUGAGGGAAACAGUACAAGGGAAGAUGGAGGAACGCAAUCCAUUUUUCUCGAUCCGUAUGCCUCCUUGGUUCCAAACAAAAUACCCAGCGGCCUACAAAAAUCUUUUGACCAAUUCCAAGAGACUGGUGGCGCCAUAUGAUAUUCACGAAACUUUUCAUGACAUUUUGCACUUCCGUAACGAGGCCCGAGGUAACAUAUCAAAACGAGGCAUCAGCCUUUUUUCGGAAAUACCUGCUGAGAGAACUUGUGCGCAUGCGGGAAUUCAACCCCACUGGUGCAACUGUCUGGACUGGACAACCGUCAACACUGAUUCUGUUGAAGUAAAGAAGGCAAUAGCGUCGUUCAUUGAUUUUGUUAACUCAUUGACCGCUCAUGUUCGAGAUGUAUGCAGCAUUGUAGAGGUAGACAGAGUAUUGGGAGCGCAAGUAUUGACUCCAAAUACCAGGAUGCUGCAAUAUAAAAGUAUGGAUUACGAAGGAGUAGAGAAUUUCAGUAUGAAACAAGACGUCGACACUAAACUAUACCAACUAGUCAUCCACACUAAGCCAGGUGGUGGCCAUUACGAAGCCACUGCCACGCAGGACGUGCAGAGAGGUACAUUUAUCAGUAAGUUAAAGGACAUCAGUCGUACUAAUGCUUAUGGUACAAGCUCUGUAUGUGUGGCAAAGACGUUUCCACAUCUUGUAAAGUUCUGUCACUGUAAGUCUACUUAGGUAUCCUAGUCGAGUCGAACAGCUCGGACUGCAGUAGUCGGAGCUGGAAUCUUCACCCGGAACUAGACAUUCGCUAUUAAUUUUGGCCGCCUGACCUUGCCACGAGUGCACGUUGGUUUUUGUGCUUAGGAGUUGUCACGCUGUACGCAUACGGUUCAACAAAGAUGGUCCCAAGCAGGUUGGUGCACCGUCCUGUUGUUGCCAGGUCCAUGACAGGACAGAUAGGGCAUACAGGGCUUUCGGUUGUUGUCGACAGAUUUAAUGGAUGUACGAUGUCUUAUCAGGGAUGUAGAGCUCUACAUCUAUGGUUGUAUUCAACCGGAAUCAUCAUAAUUGGUCCUGUUUAUAGCCGCGAGACGAAUUUUCUUAAAUAUGCAUAUUCAGGGCCAAUUGCAUGAAAAUGAUGGACCGGGUGUUAAUAAGCCCUGAAUCAGCAUGCUCCAAUUUUUUAAAUAAAAUGCACCGUCGCCGAAACCUGACCUUGAAUGGGCCCCGGACCCAGAGAGUAUAAUCGAUGAUUACAAAUUCAAAGUCAAUAUUUUUUGUAACUGAAAAUCUCCAAAGCAGACAUAAUGCAACCUCUACAUCAGUAGUCUACUUGAUCAGCAUUCAAAAUGGCUGCACCGUAGACCCUGGAAACACCUGAGACAAGACCACUAAUGAAUAUUCAUAGGUUGGAGGGUCCAGGCCUAUCUAUUAGACGAGUGCAUGUUUUUUACUCUCAAGUACAUAUUUGGAGAGGUAUUGAAAAAAUAUUUGUUGUGGCAAGUCUACAGAUAUAAAUAAAUUAUUUGAUGAAAAAAUUAAUUUCGAAUUUUGAUAAUUGGGUAAUAGGGGGCGUGUUUUGAGUUUUUUCUGCCAGUUGGCUGAAAAGAGUGGAAAUAUCAAAGUCUGUCUAAUUUGUCGAUUAUCAAAAAUUUUCCGUGGUCAAUCACCAGUUUAUUUUUCACCAUUUACUUGCCCGACUGUCCGGAAUAACAUAAUCUAAAUUUCAGAUUCACAACACCACGCAUUCUUUGAUGCGUCGCGGUCAAACAUUGACAAUUUAACUGCUAAAAGGCUUAAAAAAUCAAUUGUGGUCUUGUCUCACCUAUGGUCUCAUUAGGGAGGUUUUUUUUGUAUUCAUGCGCGGUCAACCCCUAACCGUAGUUCCUAAUAAACUUUGAAUAUGUCA